UUCAGAAGAUGCGGCGCCGCCUCGCACAGCUGACUGGAACACAGGUAGUGUCCGAAUGGGCUCUCGGCAGACUUGUUGAUCUUCGGGCGAACCACUGGUGCGAAAUGCAGAGCAGGAAACCAGCGGGUGAGCAGUAGAUCGUGCUGAGGAAAUCUCUGCCAUGUCGGAGGCAGAGGAGGGGGAAAUGGAUUGGGUUAGACCCUGGCAAUAGUAAACCAAUAACGACGCCUCCUUUUUUAAAUGCUUCAUCUCCGUUUGUGCCAGCGGAUUGUUUGUUCACAGAGCGCUACGUGCUGGUUUGAUUCAGUGCAGGAUGACAACAACUCACUACGAUACAAUAAUGAAAGGAAACAGGACCAGCUGUAGUCCAUAGCCCUGGAUGUUUGCCUGAUUCCUCAACCUAAAGUCAUCAUGGAGAAAUCCUUGGAUUUGAACAAAGAUGCCUCCCGCUCAACAUCAUCGUUACCACCUGAACCGGUGGACAUCAUUCGCAGCAAGUCAUGUUACCGCAGAGUACGGCUGAAUGUUGGGGGUCUCCCACAUGAGGUCUUGUGGCGAACGUUAGAUAGGCUACCACGGACACGUUUGGGAAAGUUAAGAGAUUGCAACACCCAUGACUCUCUGAUGGAAGUGUGCGAUGACUACAACCUCGAGGAGAAUGAGUACUUUUUUGACCGACAUCCUGGGGCUUUUACUUCAAUUCUGAACUUCUACCGCACAGGUAAGCUGCACAUGAUGGAAGAGAUGUGCGCCCUGUCCUUCAGUCAAGAGCUUGACUACUGGGGCAUCGACGAGAUCUACCUGGAGUCCUGUUGCCAGGCGAGGUACCACCAGAAAAAAGAGCAAAUGAAUGAGGAGCUCAAACGAGAGGCCGACAAUAUGAAAGACAGAGAGGGAGACGAAUUUGACAACACCUGUUGUGCAGAAAAACGUAAGAAACUCUGGGACCUCCUGGAAAAGCCCGGCUCAUCUGUUGCAGCAAAGAUCCUGGCCAUCAUCUCCAUUCUCUUUAUUGUGCUAUCCACCAUUGCCUUGUCUCUGAACACCCUCCCAGAGCUGCAGGAAACAGAUGAGUUUGGUCAGUCCUCAGAUAACCCACAACUGGCCCACGUGGAAGCUGUAUGUAUUGCCUGGUUUACAAUGGAGUACCUGCUCCGCUUCCUCUCCUCUCCAAACAAGUGGAAGUUCUUCAAGGGUCCUCUGAAUGUCAUUGACCUGCUAGCAAUUUUGCCCUACUACGUUACCAUCUUCCUGACAGAAUCCAACAAGAGUGUGCUGCAAUUUCAAAAUGUUCGCCGCGUGGUGCAGAUUUUUCGGAUCAUGCGUAUCCUGCGUAUCCUGAAGCUUGCUCGUCACUCCACAGGUCUUCAGUCACUGGGGUUCACUCUUAAGAGGAGUUACAAUGAGCUGGGCCUGCUUAUCCUAUUCUUGGCCAUGGGCAUCAUGAUCUUCUCCAGUCUAGUGUUUUUUGCUGAGAAGGAUGAGGAAGAUACAAAGUUUAAAAGCAUUCCAGCUUCUUUCUGGUGGGCUACUAUUACUAUGACCACAGUAGGCUAUGGUGAUAUCUACCCAAAAACUCUACUAGGAAAGAUUGUGGGGGGUUUAUGCUGCAUAGCUGGAGUACUGGUUAUUGCCCUACCUAUUCCCAUUAUUGUAAAUAACUUCUCUGAAUUCUACAAGGAGCAGAAGAGGCAGGAAAAAGCACUCAAACGAAGAGAGGCCCUAGAGAGAGCAAAGAGAAAUGGUAGCAUUGUCUCAAUGAACUUAAAAGAGGCAUUUGCUCGUAGUGCAGAAUUGAUGGAUGUGGUGGUAGAGAAGAGCGAGAGGCCUCAUGACAACCAUCUUUCUCCAAGUCAUUGGAAAUGGACUCCCAAAGGAGCUGCAUCGGAGACAAGCUCAAACCGUUCCUUUAAUGCACAUGAAGGCUCUCCCGACAAGGGCCGAGACACCAGUCCUCAGAGGAUAAAUGUUCAGAAGCUCGAGGAGAUGUACAACCAAAUGGCCAAGACACAAUCCCAGCCAAACCUCAAUGCUAAAGACAGGGGCUCUAGAGCUGGCAAACAGAGGGACGAGAUAGAAUUGGGGGCCAUACAGGAUCACAGGCCAACGAUGCUAGGAACCAGGGAAGGAGUGGGUGACAUGAAAAGCCUGUCCAGCAUUGACAGCUACAUCAGUUGUGCUACAGACUUCCAGGAGAAUCCACGCUUCACCCAUAGUCCAGCAAUGGACAUUGGUCUUCAGGAAAGCAACAGGUUCUCUCACAGUCCGGCUAUAGCUUUUUCCCAGCAUGGGAACGCAAAAACAGGCCAACAAAUCACUGGGGAGCGUGAGCCCAUGUUGACUCCCAUCACAAAACCCUCAUACUCAGAGAAUGCACGGAGAUUCUUUUUUCCUGGCAACUCCUCAAAAAGCAUUAUACCCAAAGGAGGCUGUCGCAGCAAUAGGGGGUCAGGCCCGUCCCCGCUCUCAGACAGCUCAGUCCAGUCAGACAACUCUCUGUUAAGCCCGGAAGUUUCCGUCUACACAACCGCCAGCAGCAGAACUCCACCAAAGUCCCCAGAGAGCACGACCCUGGCGGCAACUGUCUUCACCUUCCACGACUCCUCCAUUAGCAAAUACAUCGACGCCGAUACAGAUGAUGAUGAGCACCUCCGCGACAACUCUGAAGCCAGUCCUUCAGAGCGUCUUUUGGCUGGUUCAAGCCCAAAACGCAGCAUCAACAUCAAUUACCAGAAGGGCACCAACCAUUUAGAAACAGCCCAAAAAAUGCUUGGCCAGAACUGUCUGUUCCCAAAUGAAGGAAUUCGUAGGGUAGUUCAUGAGAAUCAUGUAGGACCUGAGAUGGCACGCAGACCAAAGGUUGACAGGGGGCGUCAACAUACUUUGGAUAAAGGCCUCUGAGGCACAAGUGCAGCAGAAAUGAACAGGGAGCUGGAGCAGAGUGUUUAUGAUGGAGACAUCGGACAGACUAAAAACACUAUUUUAUCCAGAGACAAAGAGGAAUAGACAAAGGAUCUCACCAAAACAUUUCACAAAUUAUCUGAGCAUGCCAUAAGGCACUACGCUCAGGGUCAACAGGUGUGGUGAAUACUCUGGGAGAAAAAAAACUUCAACAUUGGAGAAUGUCACUGCCCCUCCUUCAACUCAUUCCUACUACUGGUGUUACACAAAACAAAAGAGCACUCCCAGGUAACCUACGGGUCUGUUCAGAGAUACCCGUGGAAUCAGAGUCGACAGAGAAAUGUGGUGAGUUUAAGCGGCAGGGGGAUAUCUCUUAUCUCUCCAGGAAAUAAAUCCUAGCUGCCGGCUAUCCCAUUACUGAUUCCCAGUUCAUUUUGUAGUCUUGGAGAUACAGGAGAGGACCUACAAGCCUAUAAGCUACUAACUUGUGCCCUCCAUUCCCAAAACUGGCCUUAGUCAUUUACAUUUGUAGGGGUGUGCAUGUCUGCAUAUACCGUAAGGGUAUAUGUGCAUGUGUGUGAGUUAGUGUGAAUGUUGAUGGGUGAUCUAAUGGUAAUUCAUGGAUACACACUCUUGAGAUUGUCUUACCUGAUUUAUUUUUAUAUAGAAAGUCCCUUAUAAGUAUAUGUAAUUUGCUAGUCUGCUGUGUCAUAUUCAUACGUGAAGAGUAAUCUGGUGUAAGGUGAAAUGUCUUGGCACAGCAGCAGUUAUCAAAAGCUCCAGCCCAUCAUCAACUGAACACUCUUUCUUUAACAGUAUUUUGCUAUUCCCUAUGCUAUCAUGACAUGGUGAGAAUGGAUGAUACUUUCAAAUAUUGACCAGUGAAUAUUGUCCUAGCACCCCAGUAUGAUUUUGAGGGAUGGUAGUGGUAGUGGACCAAUAAUUUUGUAUAUGGGGUAACAUAGGAGCCUGAGAUAAUAAGCUUGAUUGCUGCAUAAAGCGCACAUUUAUGAAGCAUGCAUGCAUCAAACCAGUCAACAUACAAAAAAAUGAGAUGCUUUAGAAAAUGAAAUAUAUAAAAUUCCAGUAAUAUCGUUUUUUCUUUACAGCAGGAGCAGAUGUUCAGCAUGCAUUGGCCUUCUUUUGACCAACACAAAAGCAUCUAAUGUAUUCACACUCAGAUAAUGGAAUAUGUGUGUAUUCCAUCUGUACUUUGCUCCUUUAAUCGUCAAAUAAACUUUAAUGGCACUAAAUAUACUCCGCCAGGUUAACGUUACUGCAGGCAAGUCAGUUGUAAAUGCGGACCUGAUAAAACUCAUGCAUGAGCACACACACCCACUAAUGACACAUACAGGCAUGAAAAAACAUUUUCAGGAUACAUCGAUACAUUUAGUUUCCAUGGUGACAGCAGCCUUCUUUUAAGGGUGGCUGCAGCUCAGCAAAGGAUUGUUAAUUGGGGCGGGAAAGUCUGAUUGCAUUUAACGUUUGUUUAACACAUACACAUGAACACACACACACACACACACACACACACACACACACACACACACACACACACACACACACACACACACACACGCACACACACAGGCACAUACCAAUAAAGUGACAGGUAUGCACAGUAGACACAUGUUAACAGAGCCACUUCUCACUGUGCAUAUUUAUGAGUACUGAAGCAACAUUAUGAUGCCUUGUUAUGUUCAUGUGUUAAAUCUCUGUAGUAUUCCAUAAAUACUACAACUCAACAAUGCAUUGUCUAUUAUCUGUUUGUAUUACCACAUAGCAGUCUUACAUAACAAACAGAACCCAACAUAUAGAGGGACAAAGUGCUGUAUUUAAACCAAAAUCCUGGACUUAAAAAAUAUGAAUUUAUUUAUUUAUUAAUAUUGUCUUCACCCCGUAUAUAGACCAUUCUUACAUGAGCAGGGUAACUAUAAAGGGUUAACAACCCACUGUUCCCCCCUCAGCCCCAAAUGUGAUUUCAACUAUGAAGGUACAACCUUUUUUUAAUGCCUUUAACAUUUCUGAAGAGCAGGUAUCUCUCAACAUGACUGUCUCUAACUUUAACAAGAUUAGCCAUCUCAUAAAACUCUGAGGAAACUGUAGAAGCUUCCUGUCCUGAAUAUAGUAGUGGAAGAUAUAAAUAAAAUAGGACAUUGCUCUAUAAUACAAGUAGGUGUUGAGUAUACAAUUGUAUACAAAAGUCAACAGAAGGUGAUCGUCAUGCAUUUCUUAGUGUUUUUGUCCAGAGUCUAAUCACAAAUCAUGAUUUCUUUUCCGUUUUAAUCACAGAGUUGAACCAUUUCAUAUUGCUCUCGGUUAGUGAAAGGAGCUGAGGUGUGGAGGGAAUAACAAUGACUGUGAGAGGCAGAGAAAACCGUGUGUGUGUGUGUGUGUGUGUGUGUGUGUGUGUGUGUGUGUGUGUGUGUGUGUGUGUGUGUGUGUGACAGCCAGCACAUUAGAGCAGUAAGGAAUGAACUAUUUGUGAACGAAUGCAUGUUGGGGGAAUCCUGCUUCUUUUCUCUAAAUAUUCUAUCUGCAGUUCUUACUCUUACAUACAGCAGUAACACAGAUUAUACCUUAAUCAUAUGAGAUUACUCACACAUUUGAUUUUAUAGGGAGUGAAGCCUAGUAUAAAGCUGAGAAGUGACUGAUGCGAAGAGCAUUUUAUCGAUCUUAUUUUUCAUAUAAUUAGUCAAGGAUUGAUGGUUUGAGCUGGUGAUACAUUGAUGUAAUGCAGCUGCAUACACUAUGUAUGAUGCAACAUAUUUGGUUAGACAAAACCAGUCUUAACACACAUUUGGAGUACCGACCCGCUUCAUGUACGCUCCAUUAGAUAUGUGUUUUUAUCUUAUGAAAGUCAAGGCCAAUGAAUGCAAAUAUCUGUAACCCAGUCUCACCUAAAUUUUAAUUGUGGAUUACAAAAUAAGUAGUCAAAUAAGCUCAUUACAUCAUUACAAACAAUGAAUGAUUAAGUUUCAUUUUCAACGCUACGAUAAAGGGCAUUCAGAUCACAUAACCUCUCAUGAAGAAUCAUAUGAGCACCUGUCGCAUCAUUUAGGUUUGCUAUUAUGGCAGUCAGGGACCAAGUUUUACUGAAAUAUCUCUAAACAAUGAUGACAAUCAAUAUUUCAUAAAUAGAUAGCAAGCACUAUUGUGGAGAACUGAGAUUUAUUAUGGGAAGAUAUUACACAAUAGCGCGCCCAUGUGCAUCGACACAAAGCAAGUGUUUAAAUCCUUACACUAGUACUGAUACUCUUACGUUUUUAGACUAGUGCAAAAGAAACAUCAAGCAUGAUGUUGUGAUUUCAUAUCUAGACUGCGAUACUGUGACAUAAUACCACCCUAAUACAAGAACAUAUUGAUUUGGUCAUUCUUUAAAUGUAUUUUCUUAUGUUCAUCCUUGUUUUUAUUUUAAUCUAAAAGGGAUUUUUAUUUCACUGAUAUCACUACGGAGAAAUUCAAACUAAGCCAUUAUUCUUGAUGAAGAAAACAAACAAUCAAGUUACUUUAUUUCUCAUUUAUUGAUACAAACUAAGAAAAAGAGCACAGAUUCAUUGACGUUUCCAUAACAAGACUCCCAACUGUACAGUGAAUGCAUUUAGUUUACGUAAGUUAACUUACAAUAGAACUUGGUUGUCGCUCUAGCUGCUAAAUUUGUGAAAAGGUUCAAGUCGGUUUUUUGGUUAGAACCCCAUAGGACCCUUUUCAAGGACAUGUGGUAGUUUCUAAAACCCAGUGCGAACCACUGCUUUAAGUAGUAACCCAAGUAACCCAAUUUACUCUGAAUCUAACACUGUAUUACAGGGUUGGGGUCUAUUCAGAAUGCCUUGAUAAAUUAAAACACAAAUAACACAUUACACUGUAAAAGGAACCAAUAUUAGAGCAUGAGGUAAAUAAAAACUUAGUACAAACUAAAACAUAAUCUAUAUUUUUUAAAUGUUUUAAGCUCUCAGUGGAAUUGACCCCAACCUUGCCUAAGCCAUCAGUCUUUGUAAAGUACACUGUUUCCAGGGAAGUGAAAAAAGAUAUUUGAAAGACCUUAGCCAGCUCUUAUACAAUGUUGUUUGUAGGUCCCGAGGCUGUCUGUUUUGUACAAAAAAAGAAAAAACAUUUGUACCUGUUGACUUUCUAUGCUGUUGUUUCUGUAUCAAUGUUUUGUUGUUCUGUGCAUGUUGUACCUUUGGCGUUGUGACUGGUUGUGAGUCACACAGAGCCAGUACUUGUCAUGUUAAAAAAGUGUCUCAAUGUCCCAAGAUAUUUCUAUUUCUCAACAAAAGCAACAUUUCCCUUGAAUGAAAUAAAUCAGAUCACUUUACAUUUUGAUUAG